AUGCCGAAACAAGUAGCUCGCAUAAAGGAUUUUUUGAUGAAGACCCACCGUUCCGAUGCGAAGUCGGUCAAGAUAAAAACCAACAAGGACAAUGUGAAGUUCAAGAUUCGUUGCAGUCGAUUUCUCUACACCCUUGUGGUAACCGAGAAGGAGAAGGUUGAUAAGAUUAAGAAGGCUCUCCCUCCAAAUCUUACAAUCAAGGAAAUCGGCAAAUAA